ACCACAUUAUUUAAACUAUAGGCAAGAUGGGUAAAGUGUCUUCUUGACUAAGAGUCCUGCUGUCUCAAGAGCUACUCAGGGCCAACUCUGCUUAGCUUUUGAGAUCAGAGACCGGGCAUUCUCAAAGUGGUAAGGCCGCAAAUAAAACACAGAAUAAAACGCAGACUGAAAUGACAUAGAUAUCUGUAGACAGGUAUGAGCUAUAAAAGUGUUAUUCAUCAAAGCUGUUAAAACGUUGUCGAAAAGUGUCAGAUUGGCUAUGCAAUAAUGUUGACUAAACCUACUAUUGUGAAAAUCUUGCCUACCUCUAUAAAAGUGCAUUUUAGUACAAAUGACGGAGCAUUUGAUGUAAUUGAUAAUCACAGUUCACGUGAACGAGGGAGGGAGGCAGACGCUCCUGCGGGACUUUCGCAAUUCACUUUCUCCAGGGUACUAUGCACAUUGCAUAGCUGCGCAGUGACGGCGGCGCGCAACCAGUCCGGACGAGUCCUGCUCUGAUUGUGAUGGAAGAGGAUACGUAACACGUAACUUUCUCAGAAGUGACACAUACAAUGGGAAUUAUAUGCAACUACUAUAAAAGCGUGACAGCUUUAGUGAGCAUGUGCACAUCUCUGCGCUGACUCCCUCAAAAGCGCAUAUUUUUCCAUGUGAACAAGCUGUACAGUGUGAACUCGGCCGUGAUGUUGGAUACUUAUGGGUCUUCGAGCGCCGCAGUACCCAUCCCGAACAGCGCUGACCUGCAGCUCAAAGUAGCGGCCGGCGGAGGCAGCCUGACAGCAGGAGGGAUGGGGCUGGAGACUGGCGCUGGAAAAAAGAAACUCCUGGAGCUUACUGGAUCAACUUUAUCCAAACGAAAACUUCUGGUUGGAUUGGACCUCCUAUGCCUCUUCCUCGCAUCCAUUCCUUUCUUUGCAUGUGAGCUGAAGGCUGUGAGUCCUUACAAAAGAGGGUUUAUCUGUGGAGACCCCAGCAUCACAUACCCAUACAUCCACAAAGAGGUGAUCCCAGAUGAGCUGCUCAUUGCGGGGGGCAUUGUCAUCACAGGCCUCACAAUUGCACUGGGAGAGUGUUACCGGGUGCGUUUUCAUGGCGUGAGUUCGAAGGCCUUCAUAAGGAAUGUGUAUGUGUCCUGUCUGUACAAAGAGCUGGGUUGCUUCCUGUUUGGCUGUUGCAUUGGCCAAUCAUUAACCAACAUGGCCAAGCUGAGCGUAGGACGGCUCCGGCCCCAUUUCCUGUCUGUGUGUGGCGUGACAUAUGCAUCACUCAACUGCACUACAGGAACUUACGUGGCAUCAGUGAUCUGCCCUCAAUCUGACCAUCGCCUGGAAGAGGAGGCCAGAAAAUCAUUUUUCUCUGGUCACGCCUCCUUUGCCAUGUAUACAAUGCUCUAUUUGGCAUUCUACCUGCAGGCACGCUUUACAUGGCGCAGUGCUCGUCUGCUGAGACCGAUGCUCCAGUUCAUCCUUAUCAUGCUGGCUGUCUACACUGGGCUCACACGCAUCUCCGACUACAGACACCACCCAUCUGACGUGCUCACGGGCUACAUACAGGGGGCGCUCACUGCCUACUGGGUGGCAUUCCACAUCUCGUCCAUGUUUAAGACCACAGGUUCGGACCUCUCUCUGAGUGAAACCUCCUUGGACAGCCCCCUGUCACCCCAGCACACGGCCUGCUGAAGCACCCACUGCACCCCCGCCCACACCCCCACCCGCACCUGGUUUGAAGAGAGUGGAAACUUGAAGAAUGUGGGACUGUUUCCUGUGAAGAAAAGCCACAUACCUCAAUUAAUGAACAGAGUGCAUGGUGCCACAAAACGUACUGUGCACUGUGUAAGAUUGUAGCCUCUGCACAUAGAAAAAUGUAUUGUUGUACUUGUAUUCUUGUAAUGUAUUUUACUUACACAAAGAAGUUGAAAUGGAGAGUGCUCUCACCUGACUCAAACACUGCACUGUAUAAUUUUAUGGUGGAGAGUCCACCACCUACAUGUCUCUAUGGGUAUAUUAUUAUUUUGUGUAGAAUUCAACUUUUAAACUAAAUGUAAAUCUCUGAAGAAAAGCAGGUAAAGUUUUUUUUUUUUUUAUCAAUAUAAACACAUAACUGAGGAAAUGCAAGAUAAAUAAGAUCAAAAUUAUACAUUGGAACACUCCUAGCAAAGUAAUGACAUCUCCAUAGAGACAAUGAGCAAAGUUACAUAGUGUACCUUUAAACAAUACAUCUUGAUAUCUAGCAAUGGUUUGGGAAUCUACUACAAAAGUAGUGUUCUACUGAGUUUAAAAAAAAAAAGGUUUAAAAAAAAAGGUUUAAUGUUUGUUGUCUGAAAAAAGCAUCUUAUUUAUCAGACCAAUUUUAGUUAAUGCCAUGUUUACCUCACAGAAUGCACACUAAAACUAAACUAAAACACUGAACUGCAGAUGCUCAGUGCACUUGAUCUGUGGACCCAUUAGAUUCACCUAAAAACACUUAUUUUGUUUAUGAAAAAAAUCUGUAAAGCACUUUUGAUAUUGUUUAUAUAUUAUUUAGAUUUUUAAAUAACAUUUUAUAUAGUGUACUUUAUAUUUAUAGUUUUUCGUAAUCUCUGUGAAUGUAAUGACAUUGAAGGAAAGCACAAGGCACAGAAAAAAGUAAUAUUGUACUGUAUUGUACUGAAAUAACUUGCUGAAUGACUAAAUGUUACUGCCUUAAUCAUAUUUGAACAAAUAGUUACAAGGCUGUCAAUAAAUGGAAGCUGUUUUUUUAA